AUGGCGAGCGACGUGCCCAUGACCCCGGAGCUCCAGCAGAUGGAUGGAGAGAUCCAGGACAUCUUCCGCGCACUCCAAAAUGGGUUCCAAAAGAUGGACAAGAUUAAAGAUUCUAAUAGGCAAGCUAAACAAUUGGAGGAUCUUACAGGGAAAAUGAAGGAGUGCAAGCGCUUGAUCAAAGAGUUUGAUCGUAUUCUGAAAGUCGAGGAGUCAAAGAACCCUCCUGAAGUCAACAAGCAGCUAAAUGACAGAAAACAGUAUAUGAUCAAAGAGUUGAACUCCUAUGUCACCUUGAGGAAGACAUACCAAAGUAGCCUUGGUAACAACAAGCGGGUUGAACUCUUUGAUAUGGGUGGUACAAGUAGUGAGCCUGCCGCAGAUGACAAUAUUCAAAUGGCAUCAGCUAUGACGAAUCAACAACUCGUUGAUUCUGGAAGAAACCAAAUGGAUCAAACAGACGAAGCUAUUGCACGUUCAAAAAUGGUUGUUGCGCAAACUGUCGAAGUUGGAUCUCAAACUGCUACAACAUUAACACAGCAGACGGAACAAAUGAAGAGAAUUGGCAAUGAGCUCGAUUCGGUUCACUUUUCGUUGAAGAAAGCUAGCCAGCUUGUGAAAGAGAUUGGCCGGCAGGUAGCAACAGACAAAUGCAUCAUGGGGUUGCUUGCUCUGAUAGUUUUUGGCGUUAUUGCAAUUAUCGUUGUUAAGAUUGUCAACCCGCAUAACAAGAACAUCCCAGAUAUCCCAGGAAUGGCUCCACCUGCUCAAAAUUUUCAGACUAACAGGAGAUUGUUGUCAGCAAAAGCUUUCAGAGGUCUUUGA